AAGCUACAUUUCAUUCUAGAUUUAUCAAACGCCUUGAUGAAAAGGCAUUUUUGUUUUUCCAGAUAUUUAACAAUAAAACAAUAAAAGAAGUAAAGAGAAGAAUUUUUACUAUAACAUAAUAGCAAUUCCAGAAAGAAACUCAGAAGCAGUUCAUCUCAUAGUUUAUAGGUGGCGCUGUGUUCUGUUGACUCCAAAACGAGGAAUCAAGAUGGAUGUAUUUUUAAUGUUACGAAGGAAGAAGGCAACUAUCUUCACUGAUGCCAAGGAGUCUACCACUGUGCAUGAAGUAAAGAGAAUAGUUGAAGGUAUUCUCAAGGUCAGACCUGAAGAUCAGAGGCUGUAUAAAGAUGACCAGCCAUUGGACGACAAUAAGACGUUAGGAGACUAUGGUUUUACGUUUGCCACAGCUAGAGCCCAAGCACCAGCUACUAUUGGAUUAGCUUUUAGACAAGAUGAUGGAGAAUUUGAGGCAUUAGAAGUAACGCCAUUGUCUAAUCCUCCAGAAUUACCAGACGUCAUGAAGCCACAGGAUACAGCCACACAUGCACAGGAACAAACAGCAUCAUAGUUAUCUCCUCAUACUUAUCAUCAGAUCAUCUUGUUUAAAGGGAGAUAAUUUUCUCAUAAUUUUUUUUAAGCCAUCAGUACUAGCAGUUAUUUUGACAUUUUAACUUAAUUUAUUUUGUACUUUUCCUGUACUGUUUAUUGUCUUUUUACUGAGGAUGUGAAUGGUUGAUUGUUUGAAGAAGGAUGGUUGCAUGUUUUAAGAACUGUUAACAAUUACUGCCAUAUGAAAGUAUUUGCAAUGUUAUGAUCCAAUGCCACUUUAGACGUGGCUUCAUGAUUAAUUAUUGAAGACAGCUGAGAAUAGAAAGAACAAUCUUAAAAAGAUUAAAAUGAGUUUUAACCAUUGUUCUGGGACUGCUUGUUUUCAGUACAGCUAAAAAGAUAUUUAGUAAAAAUCAAAUUUACUGUUUGUUUUUUAUUUCUCCAUAUUUGAUCAAUUUUAAAAGAAGCAAGGCCCCCAGUGAUGUCUAUUGAAGAAAGCAAUGAAAAUGCAACUUCAUGUAAACACUAAUAAUAUCUUAAGUGCUUUUAGUUUUUUAAUUUUGUAGAACUUUUUCUUUUCUUUAUUUAUGCAAGAUUUAUUUUUCUUUUGAAAAAAUCAUUAUUUGUAAAUUUUCAAGAGAAAGUGUUUAAAUUUAUUGCCCAUACAUCAAAGGGAAAUGGUCAGAAAAUAUGUGUACUCACAGUUCUGCAUUUAUACAUAAUUCCAUCUGGUUUGAUUUAUUAAUCGGAGUAAUAGGUGUAUUUAUUGAGGAGAAUUUGAACUGAUUUGUUUAUACUUGUACACUUUUUUUUUACCAAGAACAAGUUUUGUUUAUUAAGUCGUGAACAAAUGUUAACAGUCCAUGAUUAUACAGGAAACUAAUAAUUAAUAGGCUUCGGUUCCACAUAGUUAAAUUCAUUAAGCCUUUCUCAAUUGUUUUAAGUUCUUACAUUUACAUUUUCAAUGUUAUUAUAAUUGUUAGGUUGCUGUUCAAUAGAUAUUUUCCUAACACUUCCUAUAUUUAUUUAACCAAUAUUUUUAACACAUUAUAAAAAGGAUAAAUAUACAGUUUAAACAUUGUUAACAAGAAAACAACUAAAAUUUUCUAUAAAAGUGUCUGUAAAAUAUGUUAAAAAAAAAAAAAUUGCUGAAACUGAUAUUUUAACUGGCGAUACUCCAUAAAAUGUGUAUUGAAUUUCUUCAGUUCUGAGUUUGUUUCUGAUUCUUACUUAUUAUGAAAAGUUGUACAUGCAAUAAGAAGUUCAUUUAUUAAGAAUUAAAGAUGUAUGAAAAGUGUUUAGUGCUGUCUCGGCAGUUUGUUUGUACAUGUUUGUAUUGGACUGAAAUGUUACACGAUAUAAAUAUAGAAUGUACUGUUAA